UGCCAGGGGACGCGGAGGUGCGGCUUGGCCUGAGCUAGCGGAAGGAGUCCAACAUAUAAAGGUGAUAAGAGCAGAUCUGGUCAGGUCCUGAGACGCUGGGUCCAAAGCAAUGGUGCUGAAGACAGUGCUGUUGCUGGCCCAGGUGGCCCAGGUACUGAUGCUGGAGAAUGGGCUCAUGCGGAAACCACCCAUGGGCUGGCUGGCCUGGGAACGCUUCCGCUGUAACAUUGACUGUGUUGAGGACCCAAAGAACUGCAUCAGUGAGCAACUAUUCAUGGAUAUGGCUGACCGCCUGGCCCAGGAUGGAUGGCGGGACCUGGGCUACGUAUACCUCAACAUUGAUGAUUGCUGGAUUGGCGGGCGUGAUUCCAAAGGCCGUCUGGUGCCUGAUUCCAAGCGCUUCCCCCAUGGCAUUGCCUUCCUGGCUGACUACGCUCAUUCCCUGGGCCUGAAGCUGGGCAUCUAUGCGGACAUGGGCAGCUUUACCUGCAUGGGCUACCCUGGCACCACACUAGACAAGGUGGAGCAAGAUGCUCAAACCUUCGCUGAGUGGAAGGUGGAUAUGCUGAAGCUGGAUGGCUGCUACUCGACCUCUAAGGAACGGGCUGAGGGGUACCCCAAGAUGGCUGCUGCCCUGAACGCUACAGGCCGCCCCAUUGCCUUCUCCUGCAGCUGGCCAGCCUAUGAAGGGGGCCUCCCCCCGAGGGUGAACUACAGUCUGCUGGCUGACAUCUGCAACCUCUGGCGCAACUAUGAUGACAUCCAGGACUCCUGGACAAGCGUGCUUUCCAUCCUAGACUGGUUUGUGAACCACCAGGACGAACUGCAGCCAGUGGCCGGCCCUGGGCACUGGAAUGACCCAGACAUGCUGCUUGUUGGGAACUUUGGCCUCAGCUUUGAGCAAGCCCGGGCCCAGAUGGCUCUGUGGACCAUACUGGCAGCCCCCCUCUUCAUGUCCACAGACCUGCGUACGAUCUCCCCCCAGAACAUGGACAUUCUGCAGAAUCCACUCAUGAUAAAAAUCAACCAGGACCCCUUGGGCAUUCAAGGACGCAGGAUUCUCAAGGAAAAAUCCCACAUUGAAGUGUUCAAGCGGCCCCUUUCUGAUGAGGCCAUUGCUCUGGUAUUCUUCAGCCGCAGGACUGACAUGCCUUACCACUACCAUGCCUCACUUGCACAGCUGAACUUCUCUCAUACCAAAGUGUAUGAGGCUCAGAAUGUCUUCUCGGGUGAUGUCAUCAGUGGCCUCCGGGAUGAUACCAACUUCACAGUGACCAUCAACCCUUCGGGGGUGGUGAUGUGGUACCUGUAUCCUAUCAAGAACCUGGAGAUGUCUGAGAUGUUCCAGUAGUGAGGAGCUGAGAUGUAUGACAGGCUAUGGUGGCCCCACCGAGCCAUGGAGGCCAUGGAGCCUUGGCAUGCUGACGAGUGGGCAGGGUUUUCUCCCUCCUAGGUCUGCUCAGCGACCUGAUCCCAUCAUACCCAAAGUGUAAUUGAAGGACCAGGUUCCAUGCCCUGCUCAAGUGUGGACGUUCUUGGAAACUUUUCUUGAGGAAAUUUCCUGUGGCCUUCCUGGCCUCUUCUUACUUACAACUCUACAGAUGUUGCUGAACCACUUGGCCAGCCUCCUGAGCCCCCACAGGCAGGGGCACUGAUGCCCAUCAGACUCUAGCCUCUGACCCUGUUGCUGACUCUGAAAUCAGGAUUUGGAACUUUUCUAAUUAGGAAUAGAGAUCUGACCCUUUGCCUGAGACUCUCGUGAAUCAUGUGAUUGGCUUUCCUACCUGGAGAAGGCCUUGUAGGUUGAUAGCUCUUGAGAGUGAAGGUCAGAAAGGCCUUGGCUCCCUGAGGUCACCAA